CCCCACUUCUCAUCGACCCAACGGAUCGACUCCGAUCUCUCCCAACACCAAUAUCACUCUCGACUGUUAACACCUUCCAAAAAUCUUCAAUCAAAGAAUAACAAAAAUACACCGGGAGAAUUUCGAGACAAAACAUAAAAAUCAAAUCCUCUGAAAGAUCAUCACGUGACCGUAUCACUCUUGCAACUGACACGCAAGUGUGUUCUCUGAUGUUCGGUGCCUCGGAGGGGUCCGUCGGAGUAUUGUGAGCGUGCACCAGCAGCAGCCUGUGCUCAGUGGGCGCAUCACAAACGUUACAAUCGCAAAAUAAAUCAUCUGGACAUAAAAAAUCAUCAAUUCCGGAGUUUGUUUGACCUUUGAGUGGGCAAUAUUAGGGAUAAAUAUGAUUGUGAAUCAGUGACAAUGGAUUUUGGUGAGUUUAAAAUGAGUUAAACGUGAGAUCAAAAGUGUCCAAACACUUCCGCUGGGUUUCUAAAGACCCUGGUGGCCCGCCUCCCCCCCUGCUCUCCCUCCCCUGGCAGUGGAUGUUUUCACCUGUAGACGUUUAUUUUCAUCGCAAUUAGAGAGUGCUAUUUCAUAUUCUGGGAAGUUAAACUGUAAAGAAUUCCCCACUGACGAUUCGCAGUGUCGUUUACCCAGUGCAAUUCUUUUAGUUUUCUUUUUUACGGUUUUAUUUAUAAUUUUUGAUUUGUUAUGAUGAUGUGGUGGGUGCUGGAAAGAAGUGGAAAUACACGAAAUGGGGCACGUUGAGGCCCGGAAGGGAUACCGGGUGUCAUCGACGGAGGUAUGGAUGUCAUCGGGGACGGUGAUGAGCAGACCCUUCAGGCCAUUCUCGGAAGGGGCGAUUUCGUAGGUGGAAUCGACAAUGAAGCACUGGAUUUUUCUCAACUCGAGGAUUUCAUCAACAGUGACAGUCCACAUCCAGCAACUUACUUCGCAGACACCUUAGCGCACAAUGAGACAGCGGCCCCAUCCCACAAUGGCCGAGUGGAUGGAGUCCCCCAUCCUCCCACACGCCUCCCCUCCCCCAUCACUCAAAAUCACCAAAUCCAGACCUCAUGUCCCACGGGAACAACCGCCGUUCCUCCGAGUGCAGCCCCCUACAAAGAUUCCCAAACCUACGUUCACCCGCACGCCCUCCCAGAGAGCCCCCCGGAUAGUGGUUCGGAGCCUCCCUACUCACCCCCUGGCCAUCACGAGCCCCAGCACGUCCACUCCCCCCAUCAAAAGUCCACAGUCCAGGAUAUUCUGCUGCAUCAUCCAGGCAAUGGAAUGACCUAUCCAACGUCCAAUCUCCUGCCUCCAUCGCCGAGGACCCUGGGCUCCUCUACAGAUCCCCUUCUUCUGAGUCAUCCUGUCCUCACUCCCCUCCUGGCCCCAGUGACAGCAAACCUCUCAUCCUCCUCGUCAUCAUCAUCCUCGUCGUCCUCACCUUCGUCCCAACAGAUCACCUCAUCCCUACCACUUCCCCACGAGCACAGCCCCAGUGGAAUCACAACCCUCUACUCAUCCCUCCAAUCUGCCCCGAAAAAACGAAAACUCAGCCAAGACAGUCUGAUCCACGUCAAGCAAGAGCCAGAGCUCGGGACAAUAGAGCACAGUUGCUCUAGCAGUGGUGCAGUCCUUGAGAAUGAGGAGGUCAAUGGUGAUAAUUCGUAUAUCGACUCGAGCUAUCAGUGCAUCAGAUUCCAUCCAUUUCAGCAAACAACCUGGCAUGCACUCUGCGAUCACAAUUUGAAGGAACUACCGACGCCACAUUACAGAGUUGAUGCUGAUAAAGGAUUUAACUUCAGUAAUUCGGACGAUGCAUUUGUCUGUCAGAAGAAGAAUCAUUUUCAGAUCACUUGUCAUGCACAGCUGCAGGGCGAUGCAGUAUUUGUUAGGACGGGAGAGGGAUUGAAGAAGAUCAGCAGCUUUCAGCUGCAUUUUUACGGGGUCAAGGUGGAAUCACCAAGCCAGACAAUCAGGGUAGAGCAGAGCCAAAGUGAUAGGAGCAAGAAACCCUUCCAUCCAGUGGUCACCCCUUUCAGGGUGGAACUGGGUGGCGAGCGUGUCACGAAGGUGACAGUAGGUCGUCUCCACUUUUCCGAAACAACGAGCAACAACAUGCGAAAAAAAGGCAAGCCAAAUCCAGACCAAAGGUAUUUCCAUUUGGUAGUGGGUCUUCACGCUCACACAUCAGAUCAAUCGAGUUAUCAGGUUGUCGCACAUGCAUCAGAGAGGAUAAUUGUUCGAGCAAGUAAUCCGGGGCAAUUUGAGUCUGAGGGAACGGGGGUGGGAACAGAGGGUGGAUGGCAGAGGGGCGGUGCCCCAGAUAGUGUCUACCACGCAGGAAGAGUGGGAAUCAACACAGACAGACCGGACGAGGCCCUUGUGGUGCACGGAAAUAUGAAAGUGACAGGGCACAUUGUCCAACCGAGUGAUGCUAGGGCCAAGCAAAAUGUCCAGGAGGUGGAUACCAAGGAGCAGCUGCGAAAUGUCCAACAGUUAAGGGUCGUCAAGUACAGAUAUGUUCCUGAAUUUGCCCUUCACUCUGGUCUAGGUAUAAAAACCUCAGAGGACACUGGAGUCAUUGCCCAGGAGGUACAGCAAAUUAUUCCAGAGGCUGUUCUACCAGCUGGUGACAUUGUCCUUCCAAAUGGUCAGAGAAUUGAGAACUUUCUUGUGGUUAAUAAGGAGAGAAUUUUCAUGGAGAAUGUUGGAGCUGUGAAGGAGCUUUGCAAAGUCACUGACAGCUUAGAAACGAGAAUCGAUCAACUCGAGAGGAUAAACAAACGCUUGGCUAAACUCAAGAGGGGAGACAGCCUGAAGAGCUCAGUGAGUACUGUGUCAAGCAUUGCUUCUGGCAAGUACUCCACCUCUAACAAGAAGAAUUCAAUGUCAAGGAGGUGUGAGAGAGAGGAGGAUCUCCUCUGCAGUAAUAAAUUUAUCCAAAUAAUCAUUGUCAUUUUGAUUUUAAUAAUGGCAUUUUGUCUCGUUGCGAUGGCAACUCUGUACUUCAUGGAGUAUCAGAAACGAAGCUCACUGGAGUGGACUGCAGUCGCUGGUGGUGGUAUCAUGGGAAUCGGUCCUGCUCCAACUGCAUCAACAACUCCCAAUUACAAUUCCAGGUUUAAUCCUCUGGUGCAUAGCACUCCAUCCAGCUAUCAGACUAAACAGAGUGGAUUCAGCAGAGGUCCUGACAAUCAGGCUACUGUUAAGGACGUGGGACUCUCCACACUGGCCCCUGACACGAAGAAACAAAUUUAUUCGCAAGAAAUCACGUCCUGGUAUCCCUUUGGACACUCUGGGGGACAAGGAAAGCACGAGAAGAAUAACGAAUUUCCUAGUAAUUGGCUGAGUAGGAAUGGUGGGGGAGUUGUGCCCAGUAAUGUUGAUGAGAAUGAUCCUGGGGAGGUGGAGAGUGCUGGCAAGACUCCUGUACCUCUAGGAAGACCCCCCAAGUGUCCUAUCCAUUUUACGACCUUAGGAACUUCAUGUCAGGUUUAUUGCUGUACUGACAUUCACGCCCUCGAGGAUCCACAUCCUGAGCAUCCACCGGAGAAAAAACCCAUGUCAGAUCACUUGGAGCAUCCAAUCAGCUUAGAAGAAAAGAAAAAGGUCAAUAAAGGACUGCAGAAUGGCAUUAGCCCUGUUGAUUCCAAUACUCAGACACUGGUCAAAGAGCCAAACUUCAAAUAUUUGCACAAAAGGAGUCGAAGAGAAGCAGGUGAAGGUGAAUGGGGAGAAGUAGCGUCGAAUGCAGCAGGAUCCCUCCCCCCAGCGCCAAAACCUCAGCUCCAAAUAGUCGCAAAGACGUUCAAUGCAACCCUCGAUCAGAGAUACUGCUCGGUGACAUCCCCAGGUACUCCCAACAACUACAGUUGUGAUGUACCACUGUCCAAACACAUGCCAGACACCCACUUGACCCUUCACUUCGUGGGAAUGCCCUGGUACUGGCAGAUUGUCCAGCUCUGUCCCAUGCCCUCUGAUCCAGCGGAUGAGUCCAUGGUAUGCGGUUGGGGGUACAAUAUCCAACAGCAGCAGCAGUACCAACAACAUCAGCAACAGAUAAAGUAUACUGAAAAUGCCAAUCAGCAUGGAGACCAGUCAUUCUUCCUGGACGUAGCAUUUUAUCUGAGGAAAACUCUUAGAUUUAGAGUUCCCACUGUUCAACCUCAAGAGGAUGUCUGCAAAAAUGGCCAUGCGAGUGAUUAUAUUGAAUUCACUCUGCAUUUCCACCGUGACUGCGAUGGUUGAACGAUAACACUUUUGAAAUUGUUCGAUAACUUCUAACGAUGCAGGAUUUCGUUGGAACCAUUCCAGUGGAGACUAUUUCACUUCAACACUCAACAUUCUUGGUGACUCGUGGGUUCCAGGGUUCAGUGAUAACGAAGUAUAUAAAUAAACAGAGAAGAAAGACACGAAUAUGAGGCGAUAAUGUAUGCGGAGAGUUUAAAGUUUUGGGAAACGGAGGAUAAUUAGUCUAAAAUAACAAUUGGCGUUUUUUUCUAUAAAAAAAAAUGCACGAGACUAUUGUAAUCAUGAUGAUAAUCUACUUAUUCUGAGCUACAUCUGUACAUUAUUCAUGAAUCAUUCCAAUUACUCCAGUAAUUUUAAUUCAUCAUGAGAUUUAUUCCAAAUUUGUUGGAUAUCUUUUGAUAACUUCAAGUACCUACUCUAGUUAUUUUAUACUUAAGUUUCAUUGUUGAAAUUCUUUUUCCCUAUUAUUGGAGAAUCUCUUGUAAUGGAAUAGUAUUAAUCUAGGUAUAUUCUGGAAGUGGUAAACGUAAGGAAUGAAUUUUUUUCUUAAUAGGUGAAGAGUGAAGGAAAUUUCCAUGAAGUAGAUAAAAUUUUUUUUAAGAUACUAGAUUCACUUGUAAAUACAGUCCAAUGAUAUUCCACUGAGAAAGUAUUGAUUAGUUAUUGAAUUAACGUGAAAAAAGAAUGUGAGAGAUUAAAUUAAAUCAUAACUCUGAUGAGAUAUGAAGGUCUUUGGCUUUGAGCUUUUUUAUUUGUAGUCCAGAUCAUUGCUAAAUGAUGCCGUUGAAAGGUGCAAUAAUGAAGAAUCAAUCUCGUAAUUUUACGAUCAGAAGAGAUUUUUCUAAUGAGAAAUAUAAAUGUCAACGAAACUGAAAGAGAGAAUUUUUCAAAAAAAAAAAAGAACUCAGUUAUUCCGCUUAUUGGAAGUAACAGAGAGGAUUGAGAUGUUUUCUUUCUAGUGUUUUUAGUGAAUUUUUAAAGCAUGACAUAAUGUAUAGAGUUUUUAGAUAACUAGUCUCCAUAAAAAUGACUCCGGCAGACAUUAAAGUGAGGAAUUCUUUCUUCCCCCUUUUGGCGCUAAAUGUCUAUUGUUUAGGAUUAGAUUGUCAGUGCCUUGUGGAUUUAACUGUAUAUUUGAUGAUAAAAUUUUAUGUAAAAUGUAUUAUUCUACUGCAUAUUUAUUAAUAUAUCAUUGAAAUUAUAAUAUUAUAGUACUAGAAUAAAAAAUAUUGCUCUGUGAA